GUAUAUCAUGUUCAUGCGUCUCAUCGUCUUUGCCAUCCUCAUCAUGCCAGCUGUGGUGAAGGUUGGUAGCUGGUGGACACUUAGUCCUAAUGUGCUCCGUGGAAUACGGUAUGGGCCAAAUGGUCGUAACCAGUUGGAUAUCUAUCUCCCAGCUGAUUACUACUUGGACCCUCCAGAGAAGCGUCGUCAGAAAAAGCUCCCCAUUGUUAUCAAUGUGAUGGGCGGUGCUUGGGUGAUCGGGUUCCGCGCAUGGUCGGCGUGUAUGGGCCGACGUCUUGCCUUUGAGAGAGGCGCCCUCUUUGUGGCCCCCGACUAUCGGAAUUUCCCACAGGGCAAGAUAGAUGACAUGGUCGAAGAUGUCAACAACUGCAUAAAUUGGGUGUUCGAAAAUGCCGAUCGUUAUGGUGGUGACAUUUCCAAUGUGAUUCUCACAGGCCAGAGUGCUGGAGCUCACAUUGUGGCGAUG